AUGUUUCAAGUCAGUCAUUUGGUAAGUUUAGGACAGUGGGAGGAAGUUUUCACUGCUGACCAACUUCAAGAGUCAGACGCCACCAUUUGGGAGAGGAUUAAACAAGACGACGACUCGCUGCAGCCACAUCAGCGCAGAUCCAACCCGCCGGGUCUCGCGGAGCUUCGGCCUCAAUCUGCUGCUUUCCCCGGAGAGCCGCUCCCGUAUAUCACUACACCGACACCUGACACUGACGGUAACGUUGACUUUAACCGCUUGUCCUGGACGGCUGGUCAUAUCAGCCCGGAACCAGGGUCCUCGGCUCCAGACUCUGAGGGUGGAUAUCAAGCAGAUUUUACAGGUUUUCAUGGAGUCCAGGGGAUGGUUAUGGGCCCAUCGUCUGACUCCAGUCCACAUUUCUCUGAGUGGCUGGCAAUGAGGACUUUGGUGCAGUGUGGUGAUAGAGUCAUGACCUUCACUGCCUCUGGAGAAGGACUUGCACACCUGUUAGUGGACAGAGAGGGAGCCUCUCCCAUCUCCCUGUUCCAGUUACCUCCAUACUGUGGUUACUCAGUGAGGACGUCAUGGAGUGACCUUGAGAUGAUGGUGCCUUAUGAUGCCUGUUACAUUACACAGGAGAAUGGAAGUUAUGUGCUGCCCCUGUUGUGGUGGGGCAGCCCACUGAAGCUCUCCUGCCCGGUGCAGCUGCCCACUCCUGUCCCCUCUCUCUCCCACUCUGCCCCCUCAGUCUUCUGCUCCCCCUAUGGCAUGGCAGUGCAGAUACCAGGGCAGGAGCAGAAUAUACAAAUACUAGGAGUCAUAGUGAAUGGAGGCUGGGCUCAGUUUGUAUCCGAAGAGUGUGCGUACCGUGUCCCCUCCCAUUCUGGGGAACUUGCCUUCUUCAUCUCCUACGGUGCUCCUUGUAUCACUAGCAGAGAUGGUUUUCACCUCCAUUAUAUAUCAGAUGAUCAGGAAUACAUUCUCUCCUGUCCAGCCAAUCCUCAGUUCCCCUACGUCCCCUCUCCUCCUUCGUCACCAGUUGACCCUCAGAUCCCCUCUGUCCCAGAUCCUGCACCCACCUCCCCUCCUCCUCCCCCACCUCAACCUCCAACUCAGGAGCAUAUUGCUCAGGUUCCUAACUACCCCCACUACCCUUAUCCUGGACUCCAGCACCCCCAGCUUCCCCAGGUCUACCCUCCUGGCCCACAACCUGCCCGCCCACCUCGACCCACUCCUGGCAGUCCUCCUGGGACCCAGCCCCAGCAGCCCCAGGGGUUCCUCUACCCCACAGGGCCUGGCAAGCUGCCCUCUUCUCCUGAAGAGCACCAAAAAUACCCUUCCUCUCCUUACCAGCCUCCAGCACUGCUACAAGCUACAUCCAACCCAGAUCUUAACGUAGUGCAGGAAAGUUCUCUCUAUCAAGUUCCUAAAUUGCCUGUUGGCCCUUCACAACAUGCAUCUGGUGUCCAUUACCCUUAUGUGCCUUUCUACUACCCAGCUCCAACCUCUGCUACAAAAAGUACUACUACCACUACUAUUUCUCCAGCUACCCACCCACCCAAACCUCCAGCAAAUCCUUAUUACUCUCAGUAUUAUUUUCAGAUGCCUUACUAUCCUGUACCAGCUGCAGCACCAGUGACUCAAGCACCUGCUCCUCUCCCUCCCAGCCCACCGUCACCUCCUCCCUCUCCACCAAAACAACCUAUAGGUCCACAGUACAUAGGUGGUCCAUUUUAUCCCCCUGCUUCUCACUAUGAAUGGCCCCUCCCUGGUCUUGGGGUGCAGCCUGCUUCCACUUCACUUCUUACUCAUCGUGGUAUUGCUCCAUCUCCCUCUCCUCCACCUCCUACCACCACAACUACCACCAAGUCAGUGGUUCCCAAACAGCCUGACAGUCCCAGCCAUCCCAUUGGCCACGUUCAUCCCCAAAGACCCAUUUACUUCUCACCACCCACACCUCCACUGCCUGCCAAAAAGAAAGCUCAGUAUCCAGAGACUCAGCCACCAGUGACCCCCACAAAGCCUUCAACCACCACCACUACCACAACUCCUGCUACCACCGUUUCUACCACCACAGCUGGACCCACUCCACAGGUCCCCUAUCUCCAGUGUCUGAAGGGGAAGAUGGUUGUCUUUCUGCCUUUUGCUCACCCAGACUCCAUCCAGGUCAGAGACCAAAUGAAGACAUGGCUGUUUGUCUCCGCUGUAUCUCCACUGUGUGGGUACAUGCUGCAGAUGGCUGAGGGCUCUGGGGUAAUUCUUCACUCUCCUCUGCCUGCCUGCCACAGCCAACAACGGACUCCCACGACCAUUUCCUUACCUCUGAGAUUUUGGGACCUUUCCAUGGCGCAGUAUAGGAUUCUGGACCUGCAAUGUUCGUAUCAAAUGACUCCUGAAACUCCUGCACCAGUUACCCCAUCUGUGCCCCCUACUCCACCCAGUACCACCAAGGGCAAUGCCAACCCGCCUGUUGUCCCAAAGCCUAGAGUCAUCUGCUCCUCCGAUCAGAUGAUUGUGGAGCUCGCCUCUGGUCCCAUCUCUGGAAUUGUUGUUAAAGACAUAAAAGGGAACAAAAUGAACCUCCAGGAUGCCCCAAAGCACUGUGGGUAUUCUGCAAGAAAAGGCAAAGAUGGCAAAAUCCGCUUGAGUCUCCAGUUACACUCGCGCUGCCACAUGAGUGUGCAGGGUAAAAUGUACAUCAUCGUCGUCAUCUUCAUGACAGCAAAUGGGAGACAGGAGGCUCAGUUUUCCUGUCCAGUUGUUGUCCCAGGGCCUGGACAAGAGUGCAACCUUCCCAGCGAACAGCGUCUCCCCUGCGGACGCGGCUCUCUAUCCCAGCCACAGUGUCUCUCUAUGGGCUGCUGCUUUAUCAAGCACCCCUCCGCCUGCUACUACCCCAUGGAUGAGUGCACUAUCGACCGCCACUUUGUCUUCUCUGUGCCGGCCUCCCUCACAGACCCCCCUCUUAACCCUGCUCUGCUUGUCGCUGCCAGCAACUCCACCUGCACACCUCAGAGAGUGACGUCUGACUACGCCUUGUUCAAGAUCCCGAUGGAUGGCUGUGGGACACGCAGAUUGACAGCGGGGAAAACAGUGAUCUACAUGGUGGAGGUCAUCAACAAGGUUCAGGCGAUCAGCCUCAACUUUGGCACCAUCACAAGGGAUUCUCCUGUCAGGUUGUUAGUAGAGUGCAGGUUUCUGCCGGGCACAGUUCUAAGUGUGAGUUACUUGGUCAAAACUCCCACCCUGGGACCUGAAGUCAAGACCCAGGGGAUGCUUGGAGUGCAGCUCAGGAUUGCCAAAGAUGCCCAGUACAGCAGCUACUACCCUCAGUAUCACCAGCCCCUGCAAAUGCUGCUGGGGAAACCCCUCUACCUGGAAGUGCGUCUUCUCAACGCCCCGGACCCCAAUUUGGUGCUGUUGGUGCACUACUGUGUGGCCUACCCGCGCUCCGGAAAGGCUGUGUGGCUGCUGCUGUACAAUGGAUGUCCCAACCCCUUGGACCCAGCCCUGCAGCAGGCUGUGCUGUACGAUCCUCGACCGCCCUCUCCCCAGGCUCAGACCCGCCGCUUCACCAUCAGCACCUUUCAGUUUCUUCCUGAUGGGGAGUUUAAGGACCCGAAUGAAGAGAUUUACUUCAUGUGUUCAACUGAAAUCUGCUCGCCACGUGAUGGGCCCUGUGUGGAGGGAUGCUUUGGCCAGUGAUGUUACGACAUGGGAGACGUUUGAAGUUGGUUGAGAUGAUGAUGAUCUGGCCUCAGAGAUCACAUGUUCAACCACCAAUAAAAGCUCUUAAAGGACUCGAGUGUGUGCGUGUGUGUGUGUGCAUGUGUGUGUGCGUGUAUGUGCGCGUGUGUGUGCGCGUGUGUGUGUGUGCGCGUGUGUGUUUGUUCCACUAGGUUUUAAAGCAGGAAGUGGCACUCCAUGAAAAAGUGGGAGGCAGCAUUGUUUACAUGACCGCUUGGCUCUUGUGGACUGAGCAUGGUUGAGACUCAGACUGACUUGCUUUGCUGCCCUUCAUGUGGAACAUACAGCAAUAAAUGUUUGAGAUAACUGGAGGUUUUGCAUGUAACCAGUGUUCCAUUAGAGAGCUGCAACACAUCAGUAGGGGGAUGACGUCCGAAAGGGAUCUUCAGCAUAUUUCCACCCAAGUUUGAUCGCUCAGACAUGGCCAGAGGGGCCCCUGAGACAGAGGAUUUGCUGCAGUGUGCGGUUAUUUCAUUAAAUACAAGGAUUACACACUGUGUAAACA